AUGAGACGGGGUAGCAACGAGGAUGUCCAUCCAGCUUUGGGUCCGGACAGUCAGGAGGCAAAGUUUGUGCGAGAUAAAAUGCUGCUGUCCGCUUUGCUGAUGCUCUGCUGUGUAGGCCUGCUAGAGGCCAUGAUGACAGGAGAAACGAGCCAGACACUCCUGCUGUUCUCCACGCUGGCCACCUACGUGCCACGGAGCACAACCGCGUGCUUACUGGAAGACGUGCUGGCCGCCAUGCGGGAGGCUUUAGGUGUCAGUGGCCAAGUGAUGCCGGGUGCAUUUGGAACGUGCACGGCGUCUGGGACUCUGUUGGUCUUGAUGGAAUUGGCAACAGACGCUAUGAAUAAGACAGGAGGUGGACUGGAGCUCCUCCAUUCCACUGAAGUGUCUUUGGUGGUUGAAGAGAAGGAUCAGGAAGUCCUGAUGCUAAACUUUGGCUUCCCACAAUCCCCUUUGCUCCAACGCAAGCCAUUACUGCUCUUGACCUUGGAACAUCCGGUCAGCGGAGGUGACCUGGCCCAGAUCACAUUCACCAGUCAGUCUCUGUGUCCCAAUACGCAGGCGGUGUGCUUAUCAGAAGGAAUGCAAUAUAUUCUGCUGACAGGACAAGGAGCAAUGGGAGACCUAAGAUGGAAGCUCUCAAUUGAAACAAAGUCCUUGAAAAUGAAGAAAAGAAUCAAAGAACUUCUUACAGGUGGAAAUACUCAAAGCAGCACCGUGACUCCAGUUCUUCUUUUCCCUCGUCAAGACAUCAGCCUCCCUCUGGCCACAGAGGAUGGUGGCCCAGGAUCCGACACCACCUUCGAUGCGGAGGAACGCAGUGCCGCUGCGAUCUUCCCGCAGGUGUUUCAAUCCACCGUCUCCACAUCAAUCACCAGGCUGAAAAAGAAAACAGAACAAAACGCUUCGGAAUGGACAAAGAUUGGUGAUACCGACUCUUUUCGACCCAUUUUCUUCCUGUGCGAGCUGCGUCGCUUCCUGAGCGGUGUCCUUCCUCACAACCGUCCGGACUCUCCUCCGCUGCGGCUGGACUCGCUGCCGGCCCUGCCCCCGGUUACGCUAGGCCUGUCCUCCAGUGAAUCCGUUCUGGCGGAACUCAUCAACUCGUCGGCCCCCACCGUUUUCUCCUUCACGGGCUUCACUUAUCACGUCCACCGGGGUGAGCUGGCCAUGCCCCCGGGCCUGCUCGAUGAGCUCAGGCAGAAUUUGGAGUUCAACAUGGCGCAGGUCACAGAGGUUCUACGAGACAAGGGUGAUAGCCAGAGGAGCAUCAUGAGGCUACACAGGCUUUGGGAACUCUGCGCUUUUUCCAAGUUGAACCCUGUAUCAGGAGAAAGCCAGUACAGCGCGUUCCUUUUGUUGAAGGCCUUAAAAAUGGUGAACCGUGAGGUUUUACCCAAACCGAGGGUCACCCGAGCACAGCAUGAGCCCUCAACCCAGAGGGAUGCGUGCCGGUUAAAGAGCCUCACUGUUUCCCUGGAGAGUUUCCUGGUAGGUCCCAACACGGCAAACAUCAACAACUGCCACGGGCUGUGCAGCUACCCGAUGGUCAACACCAAGAACCACGCCGUAUUGCUCAACUCUCAUAUUGAGAACGGCAACAUGCAAGAGCGGGCGCCAUGUUGUGUUCCAGUCGCCUACGAGUCUCUGGAAGUGGUGGACUUUGACCAGAAUGGCACGCAACUCUACAAGCACCCAGAUAUGGUAGCGACGAAGUGUGAGUGUCGCUAA